AUGGAGUUUGAUAGCAGCCUAGGGGGCAUGUUCUUGAAGAUUGCCUUGUUUAUUCUUGUUCAAGGAUUAGUUUAUGUCAUUCUUACUCAGUCUUCAACCAUAUUCUCAAAGGCUCCAAGAUCAUAUAGUUUCAAACAAGCUCGAUCCAUCAGUAUUCGUCGAUUGGCUGCUGCUUUAGCCGAUAUACCGGCCGGAAGCGAGUCUCCGUCUCCGUCUUCUGCUCGGGGAUUCCUUAGGUCGUUCAGCCGCAAAGAUUCAUUCUUCUUUGGUGAUAAUUCGUCGUCUCCACCAUCCGGAAGCUUCUUAAGGUCGCUAAGCAGGUCGUUCAGCCGGAAAGAGUCCAUCAAGAAUGAUCAUUCGUCUUAA